AUGGCGAACAAGAGAAAAGCCGCAGCUAUGUCCAAGUUAGAGGAUGAAGACCCUGUCGACCCAUCUGAUGAACUGGUCUUCAUCGGUCUUGGCGGAUGUCAAGAGGUUGGUCGGUCAUGUCAUAUCCUUCAAUACAAGGGCAAGACGGUCAUGCUCGAUGCUGGUAUGCACACAGGCCGUGAAGGAAUGUCUGCCAUGCCCUAUUUUGACGAUUUCGACCUUUCCACCGUUGAUAUUCUUCUGAUCAGCCAUUUUCAUCUCGAUCAUGCCGCCGCCCUUCCCUAUGUCCUUGCAAAAACAGAUUUUAAAGGCCGCGUCUUCAUGACGCAUCCAACUAAAGCAAUCUACAAAUGGCUCAUACAAGAUUCCGUCCGAGUCAGCAACACUUCUUCAACGUCCGACCAAAGAACGAGCUUGUACACAGAAGCCGAUCACAUAUCUACUUUGCCUCAAAUCGAAACCAUAGAUUUCUAUACGACACAUACAGUCUCAGGCGUUCGUAUAACCCCAUAUCCAGCGGGUCACGUCCUUGGGGCUGCCAUGUUUCUCAUCAACAUUGCUGGUCUGAAUAUCUUCUUCACGGCUGACUAUUCAAGAGAACAAGAUCGUCAUCUUGUAGCUGCAGAGGUCCCAGACGUCGCUACGGUUGGCAAGAUUGAUGUCCUUAUCACGGAGUCAACCUUUGGCAUCUCUAAUGCUCCACCAAGAGCAGAGAGGGAAACCGCCUUGUUGAAAGCCGUUUCCAAUAUUAUCAACCGUGGUGGUAAAGUUCUUAUGCCUGUCUUUGCCCUAGGUCGAGCUCAAGAACUUUUACUCAUUCUUGAGGAUUAUUGGCAACGCCAUUCUGAGUUACAAAAAUUCCCUAUCUACUACACGGGUAACACGGCUCGAAAGUGUAUGGUUGUCUACCAGACAUAUAUCAACGCCAUGAAUGACAAUAUCAAACGUAUCUUCCGUGAGCGAAUGGCUGAAGCAGAGGCGGCUGGCAAUGCCAAAGGCGUAAGUGCUGGGCCAUGGGAUUUCCGUUUUGUUCGAAGUCUCCGUAAUCUUGAUCGCUUUGAUGAUGUUGGUGGAUGUGUCAUGUUAGCCUCUCCAGGUAUGCUGCAGUCAGGAAUGUCCCGAGUCCUGCUGGAGAGAUGGGCGCCAGAUCAACGCAACGGUGUAGUUAUGACUGGUUACAAUGUGGAGGGAACUAUGGCUCGAACUAUCCUAUCCGAACCCGAAAUGAUUCCAGCAAUCAUGAGUGGAGGUGGUAGUGGACCACCUCAGGCCAUGGGUCGGCGGAAGGACGACGACACGGCAGUAAUGAUACCCAGAAGAUGCACUGUUGAGGAAUUCCAAUUCGCCGCACAUGUUACUGGAGUUGAAAAUGUCGAAUUCAUCGAACAAGUUGCCUCACCACACGUGAUCUUAGUACACGGAGAACGAUCACAAGCCGCACGACUAAGAUCCAGACUCUUGGAUCUUAACACGCGACGACUGGCCAACAAUCCCAACGCCCAUCAGACCAAAGUUUACAGCCCCGAAAACGGUGCCGAAGUCAAAAUCCCAUUUAGAAAAGACAAAAUUGCUAAAGUCGUUGGCAAACUCGCUCAAAUCAAUCCUCCGGCCUCUGAGGCGGAUGACUCGAGAGUCGUCAGUGGUGUUUUGGUUCAGAACGGGUUUAAGCUGAGUCUCAUGGCGCCAGAAGACCUACGAGAAUAUGCAGGCCUUACAACAACGACAAUCAUUUGUCGCCAGCACAUAACUCUUGCAGCCGCAGGAAUUGAUUUGAUACGUUGGGCACUUGAAGGGACGUUCGGAAGUAUUGAAGAGGUUGGCAAGGUGAAAUCAGACAGCAACAGCACGAAGGGCAACCACAACUCAGAUGUAUCCCAAGAGACCAAUGGCCACAAAACUGAGGAGGAAGCAGAUGAGGAAAUCAUUAUUGAGCCGCAACGAACAUUCCUUGUCAUGGGAUGUGUCACGCUCAAGUGGUCUGGUCGUGAAAAACAAAUAGAGCUGGAAUGGGAGGGAAACACUAUGAAUGAUGGCAUUGCGGAUGCUGUCAUGGCUGUCUUGAUGACAGUCGAGAGCAGUCCCGCGGCUGUCAAAUACUCCUCGAGCAAGUCCUUACAUUCACAUCACGGCCACAGUCAAGAGAAUGGCACGAAACCGCUGCGCAACCAACACGCCAAUAUCUCUCCCCAGGAUCGAUUUGCACGACUAUGCCUGUUCCUUGAAGAACAGUUUGGGGAUGGUGUUACGCCGAUUGAGAAGCCGAAACUUCCACAAAACCGAGACUCCAAAGGAAGUGAGCCCAAAAAAGAAGAAGAGGAAUCCGAAGAUGAAAGUGAUGAUGAUAUUGAGAGCGCAGAGAUAGCUGAACGUGCCAGACUCGCCGCACUGGGCAUUCCGGUACCUGGAUUGGAGAUCAAAUUUGACAAAUUUGUGGCGAAGUUAUGGUUGGAGGAUCUCGAGGUCGAAUGCACCAAUGCUGUCCUGCGAGAUCGAAUCAAGGCUGUUGUUGAGAGAGCAGUCGAAACCGUGGCUCCCAUGUGGAACACCAGGGAGACAGUCUCGGCAUGA